ACCCCCGACACCGACGAUCUCAGCAAGGCUGAGGCAGUGGCGGCUGUAAACGCCGCCGGCGUUGGUCAAUCAGAAAUCGCUGCAGAUGCGGAUGAGGCUGUGAGUGACGCCAAGACGGGAGGAAAUGCCACAGAUACGACGGAGACAAAUGCCACAGAUACUGAAAGUGCUGUCCCCGAGUCUACUUUGGCUGGCGCUGCUUUGGGUAUUGCUGCUGCCGAUGCGGCGGUGGAUACGGAGGAUUCUAAG